AUGAUAAACGUUAACAAUAUUCUACACUUGUUCGACAAUCUUGUACGUCGUAAAUAUCCAUUAUCAAGUCAUACUGAACCAUCAUCACAAGAUCAUGAGCUGGCAGAUCAGUUAUUUCAACUAUUUGAUCAGUUAUUAAAUGUAGCAGAACUACAAGUCGAUAAUAUUGUAACAUUAGAUAUCAAUGCAUAUUAUGAUGAUGAUGAUGAAGAAUAUCAAGAAGAAAAUAAGAAUCCAAUAUUCUAUGAUAUUGAUGGUACAAAAUACUCCUAUGAUACAAUGUGUGCUGUUGUUGAGUAUGCAAAAAGUCAUAGUUUUUCUUCAUUACGUAGUCGAUAUAAAAGAAUAAAAUCUAAACAACAUCUACAACGGAUAAGAAAAUAUGUUAAAGAUGAUGGUACAACAUUUCAGAAGCUCCAACGUAUUGACGAAUUUGUUUAUGCAGAACUUGUACAUGCUAGGGAAUCUUAUAUACCAAUGCAUGAUUUUGAUAUUAAACGAUUAGCAAUUAAAAAAGCACGUGAGAUAAAUCUGAAUAGUUUUACAGCCUCUCACCACUGGAUAUUAAAUUUCAAACAUCGCCAUCAUAUUUCAUCUAGAAAAAUAACCAAAUUGAUGACAAAACAUCAUUUAGAAGAUCGUAACGAAAUAUUAAAAUCUGCUGAAAAUUUUGUGAAAACAGUGAAUGAAAUGAUUCCCAAGUAUACUGAAGAUCAUAUACUGAAUACCGAUCAAAGUAGUUUUAAGUAA